UCGCGCUAGCGCUUCUCUUCCGGAAUGCGGUUCCGAUAAGCCUGCACCGUUACACUCACCGUUCUGUGUCUCAACAUCAUACACCAAAUGGCGAUAUGGCUACCGCUCAACUAGCUCUUGAUGGGUUAAGUAUAUCGGCAAGACCGGCAGAGCCCUUGCUCGCAUCCCAAUUAAUCGGCGACCAAGACCUUGACGAGCUGCUGGAGAGCGUAUGCAAUGUCAAUCUUCAGCACAAGCACGGCGUUGGAAAGGACGUACUACAAACCAGAGUGAAGAGCUUGAACGACGCUUUCGGCAGUGGAAUACAGAACGGAAGAGUUGUGGGGGUCAGUGGAGAAGCUGGGGCGGGUGGGGGUGAGAUCUGCUGUACGCUGCUUGCGAGCUCUCUUCUUCAAUAUGAAAACUCGACGGCUGCCGUUGUUGAUACCACAGGCAACUUCGAUGUACUACGACUUUACACGUUAAUUGUCGCCCAACUAUCUCAGCGACCAGAUCUUCAGGCGUCACUACGUACCUCACUGAAUCUGGGGCCUGGAGCUACAACCGAGGAUCUAGCAGCAAAGGUACUGGACCGUGUCAAAAUUAUGCGAGUUUUCGAUUUCGUUGGUGUGAGAGAGGCCAUUGGUGAGAUCCGGGAUGGGAUCGAAAAGAAGAAGGAUGUUGAAAGUGCUUCAAUUACUGAAGAGAAGGAAGCGACCCUACCCACUGAGGAGCCUGUGCAGAGGAAGACGCCCAUCGAGAAAGUACCAGUGAAGCGAACUUAUGUCGCGGAUAGCGAAGACGAAGAAGACGACGAGGAGAUGUUAUUCGAUUCAGACGUCACCGACCCCAUAGCAGCGCAGCUUGUACAGAACCCAGAGCCAACGCGGAUCAAAGUAGCAGAAGACAUAGAUGCGGAGGUUGAACCGGGGCCUAUCAAGAUCGUACUAAUCGACAACCUCACUCAAGUCCUAAACCCUUUGUUGAAGAAAGACUAUAUACAAGCAAAUGAAGUGGCAACCACCUUUCUUGCCUCUCUCUCAAACCUAACACAAGCCCACGCACUCCACACUCUCUUCGUAAACCCAGCUCUUCCUCCACGCGCUUCCUCGCCUAAACGCCCUAUACCACAGAAUCAGCUAGGCCCUCUACCUCCGCAACAGCGGCGAGAGCCACCACUUCCACCUUCCAUCUUCGCGAGUAACGAUGUUGUACCGAGUUUGAUCCAUUUACUAGGACGGUACACAGAUAUGGAGGUGUUGGUGAGUCGGUUACCGAGACGGAGGAUGGACGCGAAAGUGUACUACAGUAAUUCUGGAGGGAAAGGGACGAAGCGAGGUGUUGAGAUGGUGAGCGUGCUGGAGAUAGUGAGUGAUCGGUGGGGAGCGAGGACUGGUGCAUGGGGCACGUUUCGUGAGAGCACAGAUGGUAUUAGAGAUAUCUGAAAUCCAUUCGAUA